AUGGGAUGGAAACCAAAGCGUACUCUGGCUGAAACGGAGGCCAUCCUCACGGCCCCGGGAAGCAUGCACGAGACUGGCGAAUGCGAGAUAAGAGGUCGACGCCAGAAGGUGUACAGACAUUUGUGGCCAUCGAUGCGCGCCUUCUGGCUAGACUCGGUGCGCCGGUACGGCAAGCGGACCUACAUCGUCUUCGAAGAUCAGCGCGUCACAUAUGAAGAGACGCACAUCCAAGCCGUCCGCCUGGCGACUGCGCUCAAGCGCGCGUAUGACGUAUCGAAAGGAGAUCGCGUCGCCAUAGUAUCACGAAAUUGUAUUGAGUACAUGUACGCCUUCUGGGCUUGUCACAUGCUCGGCGCCGUAGCCGUCCUGGUCAACGCCUGGCUUCCCGUCGAACCUCUCUCUUACUGCAUAACGCACACCCAGUGCCGCGUUCUCAUUUGCGACCCCGAACGCUCUGCCGUCAUCCAACCAAUCGUGGACGACCUCGCAGCAAGCGGCGUAACCGGCGUCCUCGUCUUCGGCGACACCGUCGAUGUCAACGCGCAAUGGGCGGGCAUGCAGAGCUAUAGUUCGGUGGUGCAGCGUUUCUCGACGGAAACCGACAAAUCGAUACUAGAAGACGGCAAUGACUACCUCGACGUCGACGUGCAGCCGGAGGAUAACUGCGCGGUCAUGUUCACGUCCGGUACGACCGGGUUGCCCAAGGGCGUGCUAAGCACGCAAAGGCAAUACCUUACGAAUGUUUUGAAUGUUCUCGUUGGAAGCCGGCGCGCGGCGCUCCGAAGGGGCGAAGACAUAACGUCCUCGCUCACUUGCAAUUUGCCACAGAAGGGCGCCCUUGUCGCUGUGCCUUUGUUCCACGUUACUGGGACGACUUCGUAUUCGAUGAUGGCAACGAUGACCGGCAUGAAGAUCGUGCUCAUGAGAAAAUGGGAUCCGGUUGAAGGUGAGGGCUCUCACCACUUUGCUAGACCAUCGCUGACAAUUACGCAGGUGCACGGUAUGGUUUUUCUACCCUGCAGAGCAACGCACUGUCUAAUGUGGUCAUCAUUCAGCCUCAUUCGCCGAGAAAACGUCCAGGUUGCAGGCGGCGUGCCCGCCAUGGUCUCCGACCUUCUGCACUCCCCCCUUGCCGGACAUCCCAUUGAGUGCUUGCUCUUCGGUGGCGCGCCGGCGCCGGAAAGCCUGGUGGAGCGCGUUCAGGAGAGUUUUCCCGGGAGUUCGAUGUCGACAGCAUAUGGGCUGACAGAGACGAACUCAAUCGCGGUUUCGAUUGCUGGCGAGGACUACGUUGCGCGACCGACUACAGUAGGCAGACCCGCUCCCGUCAACGAAAUCCGGAUUGUUGCGCCAUGUAGUGCUGCGACAACCUCACUGCCACCCGGUGAGGCUGGAGAGGUCCUGAUACGCGGCCCGAAUAUCAUGCAAGAGUAUUACGACGAUCCUGAGGCUACAGCGCGUGUGCUAUCACGCGAUGGCUGGCUACGAACGGGCGAUAUCGGCUACCUCGAUAACGAGGGCUUUUUGUAUAUCAAAGAUCGAAUCAAAGACAUCAUUAUCCGAGGAGGGGAGAACGUCGACUCCGUUGCGGUCGAAAAUGCGCUGUAUAACGAUCCACGCGUCCUACAAGCUGCUUGCGUCGGCGUGCCGGAUGCGCGCCUAGGUGAACUGGUGACCGCGGUCGUAUAUGUCCGGGCUGGUCAGCAUGUGACGGGCGCGGCAUUGUUAGCAAGAUGUCGGGCGAGCUUGCCGCGAUUUGCGGUGCCCGUCAUGAUUGUGGUCCAAUAUUCGCCGUUGGAGAUGACACCCUCUGGCAAGAUUGUCAAGCACGGCCUGAGGAAAUUGAUGAAGGCAAAAUGGGAGAGGGAGCGAGAGAGCAUGGCUGCGAACACCUGCGCAAGGUUAUGA